UAGUCAGAUGUUUGCAAUGUUUUUAGCAACAAAAAAUAUUAGAGUAGCAUUUGUUGUCAGAUGCAGAUUUACCCUUAACCUUAAAAGAUGCUUUUCCAACUUCUCCCCAAUAGAUGAGAAAGUUUUUGGUCUCUCAAUAAAGCAGCAACAGCUUCGCCAAACUGUUUUUAAUUUUCUGCAAGAAGAACUAGCGCCUAAAGCUGAUGCCAUUGAUGAGAAAAGUGACUUUCCAGAAUUGCGGGAAUUUUGGAAGAAGCUUGGAAAACUAGGCUUGCUGGGCAUCACGGCUUCAAGCAAAUAUGGUGGCUCAGAUUGCUCUGUUUUAGAGCAUUGCAUUGUUAUGGAGGAAAUGGCCAGAGUGUCAGGAGGAAUUUCUUUGAGCUAUGGCGCCCACUCCAACCUUUGUGUCAGUGCUAUCAACAAACACUGCACUGAUAAGCAAAAGGAACAAUUUUUGCCGAAACUGUGUUCCGGUGAACACAUGGGAGCCAUGGCUAUGUCGGAACCAGAGGCUGGGUCUGACGUUGUUUCGAUGCGACUGAGAGCUGAGAAGAAGGGUGACUACUUUGUCUUGAAUGGGACAAAGUUUUGGAUCACCAACGGACCAGAUGCAGAUACACUUGUGGUUUUUGCGAAAUCAAAUCCAAACGCUGCCAAACCUCAGCAUGGAGUGACAGCCUUUCUUAUCGAAAGGGGCAUGGAGGGUUUUACUAAUGGCAAGAAACUGGAUAAACUUGGCAUCCGUGGCUCCAAUACUGGCGAGCUGAUUUUUGACAACUGCAAAGUCCCAGUAAAAAACAUUCUGGGCGGAGAAAACAAGGGCAUCUAUGUGCUUUUUGGUGGUGUCGAUCUAGAGCGGGUUGUUUUUGCCGCAGCGCCAGUUGGCGUGAUGCAAGCAUGCUGCGACGCCGCCUUCCAACAACCCUCUGAGGACCUACUGCUACAGGCCAAAAAGGCCGACAUGUUCACCACUCUGUCGGCCUCCAGGUCAUACCUUUACUCUGUAGCCAGGGCUUGUGACCAGGGCAGCGUCAGCCGCAGAGAAUGCGCCUCGGUGGCCUUGCACUGCUCCGAGCAAGCCACCCAACUUGCCCUUCAGGCCAUCCAGUGUGUUGGUGAUAUUGGUCGGACGGUGCGAUACCUGCGCGACGCCAAGCUGUACGAAAUUGGCGGCGGAACGAGUGAAGUCCGCCGACUUGUGAUUGGCCGCUCCCUCAAUGAACUUUAUCUCUGAUGAAGGUAGACAUUUAAAGGAAUAAUCAGUUGUGAUUCGAAAUUCAUUCUUUAUUUUGCAAACUCUUGUAUAACUUAAUUUCAAUUCGGGCAAUAAGAUUCGCAUUUAUGCACAAAAGACAUCCAGCAUCAUUUUAAAGUGUAUAGAAUAUUUACGCAACAGCUAGCUACUCUCACUUAGUGGCUCUUAUUUACCUUAGGGUUAAUUAAAUAUAGUAACAUAUUUGCAAUAUAAUUUAAUUCAGAAAUUCUCCGUAACAUAAAUUAUUACU